CACAACUAUCAAUGAUUGCAACUUUGAUUGCAUUGCAUAUGCACUACCACAUCCAAUUAGUUGCUCCACGGUCUCGAAUAAUCGCCUAUACAUGUGAGGAUUCAUGAAAGAGCUAGAGGAUCAAAUUGGAAGGAGUUCGAGUUGGAGCUGAGGACUUGUGCAGUCGAUGUCUGGUGACACUGUUUCUGAAGAUGCUGAGUUAUUUAUUUCCAAGUUCUUGGAGAGGAAUUCUCAGCAGUAUGCUGAUUUUGUUGAAGCGUGGAAUGAAAUGAAGUUCGCUCGUUUCUACUGUAUUCCAGAGCUGUGCGGUGACAAGGUUCUGACUAGCUCCAACCUCACACUAAUCGAGGUCAUCCACAAGCUGCUACAAGUGGGCGUGAGUCACAUGACCAAAGGGGACGGCCCAGGCAACUCUAAACUGGCCGGACUGUAUCUCUGUUACGCUAUAUACUAUACACAACCACUGGAGGUCAAAGUUCGGCAGAUACGAGUGACACUGGAUAAAUGGAAUACGGUGGAUAAGAUGUACACUGACUUCAAGGAGAGAAAGAUGCCUCAAGCUAGUUACAUGUUGAUGACGCUCAGAAACGACACAGCCUUUCUUAUCUGCUACUCAUCUUGUCAGAUGUUCCUGGCAAAGACGUUAGGAGAUAAAGUGAUGGCUCAUCAGGCCUGUUUGCCUGACUCUCGCUCGGUGUUAGAGGGACUGGCCUGCGCGACUAGCAACCUGGGAGAUUAUGAUCGUAUGAAGGAGUCACUCUCCAUGUUUCUGCCUCCACAUCUGUUGGAGCCAAGUAUACUGCCAGGGAAGAUAGAGAGUGUUAUGAAGGAAUAUCCGUCUUUGAAGAGCCAUCAGUAACCAUGGCAGCAGAUCGAAUUUCUUGUGAGCAUUAGGGAAUCAACGGAACUGUCUGAACUUCUCAUACUGACACAUUACCACCUGCCUACUGUACAUGUUGAACAAAAAUCACUUUUUAUAUUUACUCAUGUCAGCUGUUUUUUACUGUUGUUACAGCUGUUUUUGACUCUUGUCAUUUCAUUCCCCCAUGCAUGCAUAAUAAUGAACUCAUGAUAAUUAUAACAAUGAUGAUUAUAACAAUGA